AUGAGUCUUCCACUGCUGAAGCUUGGCGCUGUGCUUAGCACCAUGGCAAUGAUAUCAAACUGGAUGUCCCAAACUCUCCCAUCCUUGGUAGGACUGAACACCACGAGGCUAUCAACGCCAGAUACCUUAGUAAGUCACUCCGGUGGUUCAGAAAAGUUUACACUAUUUAUUAGUCCCAAAGAAGGGUGGCAGGUAUACAGCUCAGCACAGGAUCCUGAUGGACGAUGCAUUUGCACAGUGGUUGCUCCAGAACAAAACCUGUGCUCCCGGGAUGCCAAAAGCAGGCAGCUUCGCCAGCUGCUGGAAAAGGUUCAAAACAUGUCUCAGUCUAUUGAAGUCUUAAACUUGAGAACUCAGAGAGAUUUCCAAUAUGUUCUAAAAAUGGAAACCCAAAUGAAAGGGCUGAAGGCCAAGUUUCGGCAGAUUGAAGAUGACCGGAAGACACUAAUGACCAAGCAUUUUCAAGAGUUGAAAGAGAAGAUGGACGAGCUCCUGCCCUUGAUUCCUGUGCUGGAACAGUACAAAACAGAUGCCAGGUUAAUCACCCAGUUCAAGGAGGAGAUCCGGAAUCUGUCUGCCGUCCUCACUGGAAUUCAGGAGGAAAUUGGAGCCUAUGACUAUGAGGAACUACAUCAAAGGGUGCUUAGCUUGGAAACCAGACUUCGUGACUGUAUGAAAAAGCUAACAUGUGGAAAACUGAUGAAAAUCACAGGCCCAGUUACAGUCAAGACAUCUGGAACCCGAUUUGGCGCUUGGAUGACAGAUCCCUUAGCAUCUGAAAAAAAUAACAGAGUUUGGUACAUGGACAGUUAUACUAACAAUAAAAUUGUCCGCGAGUACAAAUCAAUUGCAGACUUUGUCAGUGGGGCCGAAUCAAGGACAUACAACCUCCCUUUCAAAUGGGCAGGAACUAACCAUGUUGUCUACAAUGGCUCACUCUAUUUUAACAAGUAUCAGAGUAACAUCAUCAUCAAAUACAGCUUUGAUAUGGGGAGAGUGCUUGCCCAAAGAAGCCUGGAGUAUGCUGGUUUUCACAACGUUUACCCUUACACAUGGGGUGGGUUCUCUGACAUCGACCUAAUGGCUGAUGAAAUCGGGCUGUGGGCUGUGUAUGCAACUAACCAGAAUGCAGGCAAUAUUGUCAUCAGCCAACUUAACAAAGAUACCUUGGAGGUAAUGAAGAGCUGGAGCACUGGCUAUCCCAAGAGAAGUGCGGGGGAAUCCUUCAUGAUCUGUGGGACACUAUAUGUCACUAACUCCCACUUAACUGGAGCCAAGGUGUAUUAUUCUUAUUCCACCAAAACCUCCACAUAUGAGUACACGGACAUUCCCUUUCAUAACCAAUACUUUCACAUAUCCAUGCUUGACUACAAUGCAAGAGAUAGAGCUCUUUAUGCCUGGAACAAUGGUCACCAGGUCCUAUUCAAUGUCACCCUUUUCCACAUCAUUAAGACUGAGGAUGACACAUAA